AUGGCCAAAGCUGCAGUGCAGAUCUGGCUCGACUUACCAUCAGUGGAGCAGGCUUUGCCGGAGCAGGAUCUCUUCAAAGCCGCGUCUCCGUCAAAAUCGCCGCGGCUCGCGCAUUGCGCUCGCAGCCAUCGGCUGAGGGUGGGAUUCGGAUGCGCCGCUCUCUCAGCAGUUGCGAGCUGCCUGUCUGGGAUCGUGGCCUUCAGCACGUGGGAGCCAGCAAUCUUUCAGCAAUCUUCGCGGUACCGGCAUCAAUCGCCCUUUGCCGUUGUGCUCGAUGCAGGGAGCACCGGUACCCGGGUUCACAUCUACUGUUUCGGUGGAGGCGACCUUUGUGCUGCAGGGAGCGAGGUCGUGAGGAAAACCCGGCCUGGCCUGAACACCUGCUCAGAGCCAACCUGCUUGUCUUCGCUCCUGCAACCGCUCCUCUCAGAAGUGACUUUGCAAGUGCCUACUCCUCUCCUCGCCACGACCCCAUUGGCAGUUCGAGCAACAGCAGGCUUCCGCCUCUUGAGCCGGACUCAAGUCGACUUCCUCUUGGAUGGGAUUCAAGACCUUGUGCGCCAGCACGCUCUUUUGAAUUCUACGGUGGAGGUGAUGGGCGGUGAUGAUGAAGGCUGUCUCCAGUGGAUUGCUGUGAAUAGUCUGCUUGGAGCCUUUGAGAAGGCUGGCGCACCAGCCGCCGUCUUCGAGUUGGGCGGGGCGUCAGCACAGAUGACGUAUGCCGUCCAACCUUUCCGGCUCAGCAAAGUGAGCCAAGAACUGCAAGCGGGCUACAUCCGGGAGCUUCGUCCUUCAGGCUCCGACAGUUCCAUCCCCAUCUACCAGCAUAGCUAUUUGGGCUAUGGGAUCCUGGCGAUUCGAACGAAGAUGUUCGAGGAGGCCAUUGCACUCCAGGCAGCUGACAGCAACCCGUGUCUCCCCACGUCCUUUUACAUGGAGUACACCUCCCAGCAGAGGACGUUCAGAGGCCGAGGCGCUGCAGACCAAGCCAGAUGCGCGGAGCUUUUCAGAAGGAUCCUACAGCCUGGACGGUCCUGCUCGCAGGAAACCGCGCCGGAGGAUGUGCACUGUGCCUUCGGGGGAGCCUGGCCUGGUCCAGGCUACAAAUCCUCCCUCGAUACCGGGGGUCGCCCGAAGCUCGUGGCUUGCUCUUUCUUCUUCUGGUGCCUGCAGGACGUCGGCAUCAUACCGGUCAACACAUCGCAUGCCGAGGUGACACCUCAGGUGUACCUCGAGCAAGCGGAAAAGGCGUGCAGCCUGUCAUCUUCCGACCUGGAUUCUGCAUAUCCAGGCUUGAGCGCCGAGCGGGCUUCGUGGUUGUGCUCCGAGCUAACGUAUGUCUACAUCCUCUUGACCUUUGGAUUUGGCGUGGAGGCUGGACGGGAACCCUGGCUCUGUAGGUGUCGGGAUUGGAGACUGCGUACAGCCGCGCGAGGAGGCGGUUCAGGUCCUGUACGAAUGUAUAUAGCAAGCUAA